AUGAAAGCGUUCAUACGGUAUGCAACAGCAAUUGCUACCAUCUUGCCGUUGAGCCUCGGCUCCCCUUUGAAUGCAAGAGGGAAUACCAGCAUGGUUUAUGAUUUCUCCGAAUUGACUGCAAGCCCAUCGCUUGCUUGGUCCCCAUGUUAUAACAACUUUACUUGUGCCCUGCUAGAAGUACCACGCGACUACGCCAACAAAACCGCCGGCAUCCUCAAUAUCGCCAUCAUCAAGAAACCCGGCCCAACACCCGAUGCACAAGAAGUCCUCGUCAACCCCGGCGGCCCCGGCGGCUCAUCCGUCAGCAUGAUCCUCUCGGGCUCCGCCUUAAUCGAAGCCAAAAUCGGGACCGACUACUCCCUCGUAGGCAUCGACCCCCGCGGCAUAAACAACAGCGAACCAUCCAGCGACUGUUUCCCGGGCUACUCCUUCCAAACCCGCAACGCCAUCCUCGAGGAACCCCUAGGCCUCGCAGACAUAACCUCUGAAAAAGCACUAAAAACCCACCACCAAUCUCUCCUCGGCUACGGAAAAUGGUGCUCAGACAUGUACAGCGUGAACGGCACCGCACGCUACGCCAGCACCGUCGCCACAGCACAAGACAUGCUACACUACAUCCAGCUCCGCGCCACCGAUACCGGAAAAGCACCCGAAGACGCCAAACUCUGGUACUACGGUAUAAGCUACGGCUCCAUCCUGGGCCCCACCUUCGCCAGUCUCUAUCCCUCACGCGUGGGCAGGAUGAUUAUAGACGGCGUGCUCGACCUGGCCGACUACUACAACGGCGGCUGGGAAACCGCCACAGACGACAGCGACAAAGCCGCGGGCUACUUCUUCCAACAAUGUUUCGACGCAGGCCCCGCACUCUGCUUGUUCCACCAAAACGCCUCGUCUGCCCGCGUUAUCCAAGAUCGCUACGAAGCGCUGCUUGAAGAGCUCAAGCAAAACCCUUUUGCGGUCGCCCAGGCGAUUCCGGAUGCGAGGAAUCCGUUGACAGUGCCUGGUGCGCUGGCGCCGACGCCGUAUGUGUUGCAGUGGACGGAUAUCACGAGUCAGGUUUUUGCUUCGCUGUAUUAUCUCAAUCCGGCGUUUGUGGUGUUGAUGGAUUACUGGCUUCUUGCUUUGCAGAAUCGCGAUGUAGCGGUUUUGUCUAGUAUUACGCUUAAGGCGCAGAUUAAUAGUUUUAGUCCGACUUACGAUGAGCGCAUGGGACGGGCGCUAGUUGUGUGUUUGGAUUCGGAUGGGCGGUCGAAUUACACGGAGUUUGAAGCGUAUAAGGGGUUUGUGGAGGGGAUGCAUGAGAAGAGUAGGUAUGGUGGGUUGCAUAUUGCCGCGCUGAGUGGACCGAUUUGCAGCCAGAUGCAGGUGAGGGCGCCUGAGAGUCAGCGGUUUGAUGGGGUGCCGAAGGUGAAUGGGACGUAUACGCCUAUUUUGUUUGUAUCGUCAGUUGCGGAUCCUGUUACGCCUUUAUCCGCGGCGAGGAAGAUGAACGGAGAGUUUCCUGGUUCGGGUUUACUGGUCUUUGAUAACGUCGGUCAUACUUCACACUUCCAGUCGACCAAGUGUGUUUCCGAGCACGAAAAGCGAUAUAUGCGUGACGGAACCCUUCCGCCUGCGAACACGGUAUGCGAGGUUGAAGAGCCCAAUCCGUGGAUCGCUCUUGCAAAGCUAUCCAAUGCCACUGGAACUACGCCGUUAUGA